GCGGCGCCGGUGUCCGCGCCCGGCCGCCUGCCUGGCCCGCCGUUGAGGCGGUCAGCAAAUGGCGACCCGAACCGGGAGGGCACCGACCCCCGAGUCACCCCGGGGCUGGGUGUCUGUGUGUCCAGGAGGGGCAGACGGGGAGGUUGAACUUAGGAAACGAAGAUUCUCGGAAGCCGUGUCGUUCCUUUUGGGUUUUAGAAGCGUGGGUUGUUGGGGACAGACGGGUUAACCUAAGACUGGAGGCAUCGUGGACUGUCUCCGCGGGACGAGCGAAAAACUUUAGCUGGACUGACCAUAAUGGAGGAGGACCUGCAGCAUUCACACUGUGUGAAUUGUGUCAGUAGGCGAUGUAUGACUAGACCAGAGCCUGGGAUUUCCUGUGACUUGAUUGGUUGUCCGUUGGUUUGUGGAGCAGUUUUCCAUUCUUGCAAAGCUGAUGAGCAUCGACUUUUAUGUCCAUUUGAACGAGUGCCUUGCUUAAAUAGUGACUUUGGAUGUCCAUUUACUAUGGCCCGAAACAAAGUUGCUGAACAUCUAGAAAUGUGUCCUGCAAGUGUGGUGUGCUGUACUAUGGAAUGGAACCGAUGGCCAGUUAGUUAUGCAGACCGGAAAUCUUAUGAAAAUCUAAGUAGAGAUGUUGAUGAAGUGGCACAAUUAGAUAUGGCCUUGGCCCUUCAAGAUCAAAGGAUGCUCUUAGAAUCUCUCAAAGUAGCCACCAUGAUGUCAAAAGCAACUGAUAGAGUAUCUGAACCUAGAGAACAAAUCUCAGUUAAAUCAAGUGUUCAGGAAAUGCCACAUCCUAAUGGUUUGGUGUCUGUUGAUGAAGAAUCUUAUGGCGCACUUUAUCAAGCGACUGUAGAAACAACCAGAAGUUUGGCUGCUGCUUUAGAUAUCCUCAAUACUGCCACAAGAGACAUUGGCAUGUUAAAUACAAGUCUCCAUGCUACCACAAAUGAAACAGAUGAAGAGCAGAAUGUCAGAGAGAGCUUACAGGUUGGAAGCUUAAAAGACCAAGACCAUCUUUAUGAGGAUGAGAUAGGGGCAGUAGGUGGAAUUAACUAUAAUGGCACAAGUCAGAAUGCCCAGUUAGAACAAAAUGGCUCAAGUGAUUUAUUAUGUGACUUAAAUACAAGUUCUUACGGCACUUCUGCUCUUUGUAAUGGCUUUCCUUUGGAAAAUAUAUGUACACAGGUCAAAGACCAGGAUCAGAAUUUUCAUGAUAAUUCAAUACAAAAUCACUUAAUAAAUGGAGAGUGCGUGGCAUCAGAUGGUAAGUCAGAACCUUCUAGUUCACUUUUAGUAGCAGCACAACUUGGUGAAGUAAUUCCAUCUAGUGCUUUGCCUAAUGGCACAGUUCAGCAUAUCCUCAUGCCAGAUGGUGAAGAUGAAGGAGAAUUGUAUUGGAAAAAAGUAGACUUAGGGGACUUGAGGAAUAUGGAUGUCUUAUCUUUCAGUCAUCCUCCUUCAUUCAAAUUUCUUUCUAAUUCAUGUUGGUCUAAACUAAAGGAAGAUAAAGCAGUAGAUACAUCAGAUUUGGAAGUUGCAGAAGAUCCGAUGGGCCUCCAAGGAAUAGAUCUAAUUACAGCAGCAUUACUGUUUUGUCUAGGAGAUUCUCCAGGUGGCAGGGGUAUAUCUGAUAGUCGCAUGGUUGAUGUGUAUCACAUUGACUUUGGGACACAGACUUUUUCACUUCCAUCUGCAAUAUUAGCUACGAAUACAAUGGUUGGGGAAAUAGCUUCAGCUUCAGCUUGUGAUCAUGCCAAUCCACAACUUUCAAAUCCAAGUCCUUUUCAGACACUUGGGCUGGAUUUAGUAUUGGAAUGUGUUGCUAGGUACCAACCUAAGCAACGUUCAAUGUUUACCUUUGUGUGUGGACAGUUAUUUAGAAGAAAAGAAUUUUCUUCACAUUUCAAGAAUGUGCAUGGUGACAUUCAUGCUGGGCUCAAUGGAUGGAUGGAACAGAGGUGUCCUUUAGCAUAUUAUGGUUGUACCUAUUCUCAGCGUCGAUUUUGUCCAUCAACACAAGGAGCAAAGAUUAUACAUGAUCGCCAUUUGAGAUCAUUUGGAGUUCAGCCAUGUAUAUCUACAGUAUUAGCAGAGCCUGCUAGAAACUGUGUGUUGGGAUUACAUAAUGACCAUCUAAGUAGCCUUCCUUUUGAGGUCCUGCAACAUAUUGCAGGCUUUCUUGAUGGCUUCAGUUUAUGCCAGCUCUCAUGUGUAUCCAGGUUAAUGAGAGAUGUGUGUGGCAGUCUGCUUCAGUCUCGUGGAAUGGUAAUUCUGCAGUGGGGGAAAAAGAAGUAUCCAGAAGGAAAUUCAUCAUGGCAGAUAAAGGAAAAGGUAUGGCGAUUCAGUACUGCAUUUUGUUCUGUUAAUGAAUGGAAAUUUGCUGAGAUCCUAAGCAUGGCUGACCAUUUGAAGAAAUGCAGUUACAAUAUUGUAGAGAAACGGGAGGAAGCAAUCCCAUUGCCAUGUAUGUGUGUGACUCGAGAACUCACUAAAGAAGGACGUUCACUGCGCUCAGUUUUAAAACCUGUACUUUAAAAAUUGUACCUUCACUUUACAUACAUGCAGGCACCUAGUAAAAUUUCUUUGUAAUAUGUGACACUUUAUUAAUGUAUUAAAGAUUACAACUAGCUAAAUUUAUUGUCACUCUGUAUAUAAUGUUUUGAAGUGACAUAUAUUUUUAUAAAGUACUGUUUAGUUGGGAAAAAAAGUUGCCUUAAUGUUUGAAAUGUGUGAACUUUUGGAACUUGCUGGACAGGGUGAUCUAAUCUUUAGCUUCAUGAUUUUCAGAGUUUUUUUUUUUUAAUGGUGUGCAUAUUUUUUCUUAAAUUUUUUGCUUCUUAAACUAAUAAGAUCCUGACUAAACAAUUUAGUCCUCAUUUUUUUUCCUAUGGAUUGAAGCCCAUGUAAUCACAGAACAAAAGUUUGGUUCAAAUUUUUGCAGCAUAGUUUUUCUAGACAAACACUUUCAGUUGUGUAAGCACUGCCAUACAAUCAUUAUAAAGUUUUUAUUUUCUAGUACUCCCCUUUUACAAUUAUUAAUAUAGAGGUGAUUUCCACUCUAAACUCACAUGCUAUUGUAAAUCAUAAGUAAUGUUUGGUAAAAAUUAUUUUAAAACUAUCAUGUUUUAAAAAUAAUUAACAAAGAAGUUUUCACUUUGUGCUCCUACAACUCUUCUACAGAGAGCAAUCUUACGCAGUUUUAGUUUUUAUUAGGUGCCACAUCCAAAGACUCUUGGCCACGUGUUAUAUGACAGGUUAAAGCAAAAACAAGCAAACAAAAAGCAAACCUGUGAAUUUACUUUGAAACUGUAAAUGGGUUUAUGUAUUUGUUAGAUAAUGUUUGAAAAGAAAACAUACCUCACUUUAAGUUUGAAUUUGGCAUAUUGUGUGAAUAAAUUUCAAAUACUCAGAAUGCAAAGGGCUUAGCUAUUCUUUUCAUAAGACUUAAACAUUUUUGGCUUUUGUUGUUUAUAAAAAUAUAACUGUAUUGUUUUAAGACAUUUAAAAAUGUGAAGUUUAAUGUCUUCUUUGUAGGGUAACAAUCAAACAGAAGCCUGUCUCAGUUGACAAUCUCUUUGAAACAUUUUCAAAUUAAUUUCCCAUACACUUCUCUACCAGAAAGAGUUGUAUCUUUGUGUAAAGAUCAAAGACCUAUUCAUGAGAUACUUUACUAGAGUUUUCAAAUUGAUUUAUACUAGUAUUAAUUUGAUGUGGUAACUUUAAAAAAUGAAUGUGCAUCCUGAUCAUUAUUUAGAAAUAAGUUGCAAAAAUGGGGACAUACACCUAAAUAAUUUGUUCUAGGUAAAUUUUGGCAUUUGGUAAGCUAAAAUGGUGACAAGCUACCUUGUAAUAAAUGUUACAGCAGAAGCGUGUCUUCCCUUCCUGCCUCAUUCCUGAGAGUGCUUUAUGGCUCCUGGGUCAUGAUUCCCAUACAUGGUAAUCAGGCUGGACAGAGGCAUUCCAUUAGAGAAUUCUGAACUGCUUGAGAUUUGUUUUGGUUGGUCAAGUUCUUAUUAUAGUUGAAAAGUAUAGCAUUAAAAAUGAAUCGGUUGUUUUGCCUGUCAUUUUACUUAGUAGAAUAUUGUUUCUCAGUGCUUAAACUUACUUUUUCAAUUGCAGUAUGAAUAACAACAACAACAACAACAAAAAUCUCUUAUUUCUCUCAAAAAGCCAGAAAUAAGGUACCAAAAUAAAAAAAUAUAACUCUACAUUUAAAAAUUUUGCUUAAAAUGUAUGUCCAUGGUAGGAUAACAUAGCACUAGCUUUUAGUUUUAUGGUUACACUUUUUAAAUCCAUGGUUAAGUUUAGACUAAUUGUUUCCACUCAGAUCAUGAGAUAUUUAACAUUUUCCACCUUACU